AUGGAAGGAUAUCUUAAGAAGUGGAUUAACAUAGUUACACGAUGGCAAGAUAGAUACUUUAUUUUGAAUGAUCAUAUUCUUCAUUAUUGUGAACAUCAAGGAGGAUAAUCUAAAGGAUAAAUCCAUUUAAAGGUGGCUGCGAUCAUAUUAGUUCCAGAAGAUCCCUUAAGAAUCAUAAUAAACACAGGGACAAAUGAAAUAUAAUUGAGAGCUUCAAGUGUACCUGAAAAAAUAGAAUGGGUGAAUGCUUUAAAAAGAGCAUAAGAAAGUUGUUAGGAAACUAUUCCUAGAGAUUAUAUAAAAGAAGUGAAUGAUAUUCUAACAGAUAUUUGGGUUACAUAAGCAGCAUGUAUAUUUAUUCUUUUCUACAAUUAGUUGAUGAAACUUUAAAUAUACUUGUACCUAAAUUAGAAAGAUAACCGAAGUAUGUAGAAUUGGCUGAAAAAUUAAGUGAAUUAGGAUAAAAGAUUAAAAUGAAUGUGACUAUAUGUACUUAAUUAUUGGAAGUGGAAAAAGAGAAAUUAGAAACAUAAUAAUCAGGUAUUUUUAAAUAAUUUAUUUAGGUGAUAAUUAAACUUUAUUUUAAUCAUUUAGAAAUAUUUCUAGUAGGAUUGAUGAAUUCAAUAGAUAAAAUUCAGCAAUUAGUUGUAGUAGUUCUUUAUCAAUACAAGACAUCUUAGAAACUCUUAAAUAUGAAUAACCAAUUAAAUAUGUAAAUAUUUUUAUUGAAAUUAGAAAAACCUUAUUAACAAUCCUGUUUUCUAAAAAAUUUAAUUCACAAAUUAAUAACUUAGAAUUGCUUUGCCUAGAACUUAAGACCCAAAUGAAAAACUAAAAGUUUGGAGUUUAAUUAAAGAUUUGAUAGGUAAAGAUCUUUCAAAGUUUGCUGUUCCUGUAUAUUUUAAUGAACCUUUAUCUAUGUUAUAAAGAUUAGCUGAGAAUUUAGAAUACUAUCAAACAUUAAUUGAAGCUAAUUAAGAAUAAGAUUAAUGGCUUAGAAUGUGUUAUGUUAUGGGAUUUGGAGUUAGUGCUUAUUCAAGUAAUAUAGAUAGACAUAAGAAACCAUUUAAUCCUAUUUUAGGUGAGACAUUUGAAAUCUAAAAUAAAUAAUUUAGAUUUGUAAGUGAAUAAGUUUCUCAUCAUCCUCCUAUAUCUGCUGGUUAUGCAGAAUCUAAUGAUUUUGAAAUGUAGAUGUAAACAGAUCUAAAGACUAAGAUGUCUCCUAGAUCCAUGGAAGUAUAACCUUUAGGAAAUGUAUACAUUAAACUAAAAUAAUUUAAUGAUCAUAUUUCCUAUAAUAAAUGUAUUACAAAAGUUCAUAAUAUAAUUUUUGGAAAUAUGUAUAUUGAACAUAUUGGUGAUAUGAUAUUUCAUAAUUAUACUACUAAUGAUAAAGGAGUAUUAACUCUAUCUGAAAAUUAAAAAAUGGUUGGUACUGUUUAUGAUAGUAAUGGUAAAGAAAAGUAUAAAUUAAAGGGAUAAUGGAAUGAUUCAUUGAUAGCUCGUAAUAUUUAAACAGGAUAAGAAGUUGUAGUAUGGAAGAGAUAUGAUUUACCUCAAGAUUAUAAAAAUUAUUUCUUUUUUACUAAAUUUGCUUUAAAUUUGAAUCUACUUAAUAUAGAUUUAAUAAAAUCACUCCCUUGCACUGAUUGUAGAUUAAGACCUGAUUAAUUAGCUUUGGAAUAUGGAUUUAUUGAUUUAGCAGCUGAUGAAAAGCAUAGAUUAGAAUAGAAAUAAAGAUAGCGUAGAAAGGAUAUGUAAAUUGCUGGUUAAAAACAUAUACCAUAAUUUUUUGAAUUGAUGAAAGAACCAUGCACAAAUGAAAUGAUUUAUAAAUAUAAAGGGAAUUAUUGGAGGAAAAAAGGAGAAGGCUUAGAUUUAUUUUGAU